CAGAAAAACCCACGCCCACCGCGCGCCCGCGAGAGAGUCUGCGGCGCCCAACCCCGAGCCACACACACCACCACACCAGAGCAGAGCAGAGUGGGCGUACGCAACAACGUGCACUCGCAGCGCCUCGCCUUCCGCGUCCUCCUCCCGUGCGCGCGCGCGCGAUGCGCCACUGCGCCAGCAUUUAAACCCCCAACCCAACGCCGCGCGCGUCGCCACCACCAUCCACACCAUUCGCCGAGCCGACGCCCCCGCCCCCGCCCCCUGCCGGUGGCGAGCGUGCGUACGUACGUACGUACGUACGUGGCCCUGCAGCCGAGCUCACCGUAGCGCGGGCCGUCGGUCGCCGCUCUCCUCGCCCACCUUAGCUACGCAGCUGUAGCCUGCAGGGUAGCUAGCUCUCUCGCUCGCUCGCUCGCGGCGCUGAGGGUGGUUGUCUUGCGUCUCCGGUGGAUAAGUUGGGUUGAGAUGGGGGAGGCGCCGAGGCCCAAGUCGCCGCCGAGGUACCCGGACCUGUGCGGCCGGCGGCGGCUGCAGCUGGAGAUGCAGAUCCUCAACCGGGAGGUCGGCUUCCUCGAGCAAGAGCUACAGGGACUUGAACGGAUUCAGCCGGUCUCGAGGUGUUGCAAAGAUGUCAACGAAUUUGUUGGUGCAAAGUCGGAUCCGCUUAUACCAAUAAACAAAAGGAAACACAGAUCUUGCAGCCUCUAUCGGUGGAUCAGAUCGAAAUUGUGCAACUGCUUGUUAUGCCUCUGCUGUUGGUGCCGGUGCCUCCCAAAGCCCAAGAAACCGAGCUGCUUCAGUUGUUCUUGCUGCUCCUGCUGCGACACAUCGUGCUGUAGACCGAGCUGCGGCUGCCUCAAGGCCCCUUCUUCGUGCUGCUGCAAAUCCAACUGCAGCUGCUGCAGCAGCGAUUGCUGCACCUGCAGCCUUCCCAGCUGCGGCUGCACAGGCUGCGGCCACUGCCGACCGUUGUGUGGCGGCGGCGGCGGCUGCUGUCCGCCCAGCGACUGCUGCUCCAGCUGCAAGUGCUCGUGCUCGUCCUGCACGCGGUGCUGUAGCAGCUGCGCCGGCGGCUGCAAGCCGAGCUGCAGCGGCUGCGGCACGGGGUGCUCGUCCUGCGGCGGCGGCUGCUGCCCCAAGUGCUCGUCCUGCGCGGCGCCGUGCGUCGGCUGCCUGGCUCUGCUCCGGCGGUGGCUGAGCUGCCGGUCGUCGUGCUGCAAGGGGCAGCCGUCCUGCUGCAAGUGCCAGUCGUCGUGCUGCGAGGGGGAGCCUUCCUGCUGCUGCUGCUGCGGCGGCGGGAAGGGAUCGUCGGCGUGCUGCUGCGGCAGGCCUUGCUGCCUCGGAGGCGCGACGCCGGCGCCGUCGUGCCCCGAGUGCUCCUGCGGCUGCUCGUGCUCCUGCCCGAGGUGCAAAGAUGGGUGCAGCCGCCCGUCGUGUGGCAAUCCGUGCUGUGCCGGCGGAUGCUUAUGCUGAAGUAGAUCGUUAAACUACAGUAUGGUUUUGUACUAUUCUUUUUGUGCUUGUUAGAACAUUGGAUUUGAGUAAAACUCAUAUGGUAUAUGCAAGGGCGAAUCGAGAACGAAAA